AUGAAUAAAAUUUCCCAUCGUUUAAAUAUAGGCGCCAACACGGCACCAGAUUGCAACCCAACCACACGACUGGUGUCGAUUUCGGAAUCAGUUGCUCCUUCUACCACUGUGUUGGGCAUUCGAGUUGCUGAUGGAGGGACCCCUUCAUUAACAAGUGACGUCACAAUCAACAUAGAGGUAUUAUCAGCUAAUGACAACAUCCCCGUGUUUACUGGCGUGCCAUACAGUGUAACAGUCCCUGAAAACCAGGCAACAAACGUGAUGAUGUUAGGUAUCGCCGUCACAGAUGACGACAUCAUCCUUGUCAAUGGAAUGGAUGAAGUGCAGGGCUACAAAAUUACUAUAACAGGCGGAACGGGAGCAGACAAAUUCUUCAUAGGAGACAUGUCUGGACUUUAUCUGAGAAAGAGUCUUGAUUAUGAAGUGACGCAAUCACACAACCUCACCAUUGUCGUCACGGAUCAGGGAUUGUUACCUCAGCAACAAGCGACCUCAAACAUUCUGGUGACCGUUCAGGACAUAAAUGAUAACACACCAAAAUGCACAAACAGUUAUGUCUUCCUCAGCAUAUCUGAGGACCAAAAAGCCACAUCCGUCUUGACCACACUCACGUGUACCGAUGCAGAUAGUGGAGCCGGCGGAACUUUGACCUAUUCCAUUGUUUCUGGGAACGCAGCCGGGGCUUUUGAUGUGCAGAAUAAUGCAGAAAAUUGUGACGUCAGACUUGUAACUGAUGGAAUAAUAGACUUUGAAACUCCUUCAAAUGCAGCAUUUCAAUUAGUGGUGCGUGCAACGGACGGAGGCAUUCCACAACUCUCGAGUGACGUCACGAUAGACAUUGAAAUCUCAUCUGUUAACGAGAUGACUCCGUCAUUUCAUCAGACAACGCCAUCUGUUGACGUGAGCGAAAGUACGCCAGUUGGGACCCUUCUCUAUCAGCUGACUGUACAGGAAACAGAUAAGAUAGACUCAGCCAAUGCACAGUCGACUGUAUCUACCAUUCAAGCAUCAGCUGAUUCAACAAAGUUCUCAAUUAAUCCGACGACGGCAUCUGUGUACCUCAAAGAACCACUCGAUUUCGAGGUUGCCCAGACACAUACUAUAACAGUACAAGUGGUGGAUCAAGGAAUUUCACCUCAAAAAAUGUCAACUGCCACACUAACUGUCAAUGUUCUCAACGCCAAUGACAAGGCACCUGUGUGUUCGGCCAGUUACUUCGCCCUUACAUUAUCGGAGACCACUGCUGUUGACAGUCAGCUCCAGGACAUUAGCUGUAGUGAUGUAGACGCUGGUGCUUUGACCUAUACCAUCAUUGCAGGUAAUGCUCUUGAUAAAUUUAAAAUUGUCGGACAACUAUUAAAACUGAAGAGCCAGAUAGAUGCCGACACAGAAGCCAUCCAGUACAGACUGAUAACGGAAGUUGCCGACGCCGGACCUGCACCUGCGCUCACAACCACAGUGACUAUUGAUGUUUACGUCACGGGUAUCGAUGACAAUGUUCCACAAUGGGAAACUCCAACUAAUGGAGCCUACACUGCAAGUAAUGUCUCUUAG